AUAUAGUCGAAUGAUCCUGUCAUUUUGAAGUAACCCUCAAUUUUUUUUAACCCUCGUGUCGUGUGUAUACGUUAUGUUUUCCAAAUCUUUACAAUAUCAAAAAUUUACUUAUCAAGAUUAUUGUAAAUUACUACAAAUGAAUAAAAUAUGUCUAUCAUAAUAAUACGAAAAGGGCUUGAAGCAACAUUGAGUGACAGCAAAAAGAAAUACGGCGACAAGGUGAAUGCACUUUUGUCCGCCUGGGAACAUGUCACCAAUUUUAUUCCUGCGGCAUCCCCAGAUACAAUUCAGGCUCUCAUAGAAUGGGCCCACAAACAUACGCUGAAAUUGGUAUUGCGUGGGGAAUGGCCAAAAUUGCAGAAUGCAACAAAGACGCACCUCAGUGUAACGUUAAAAAGGUGCGCGGAAAACCUGGAGAACCACCUCGCAUCCAGGUGCACAACAUUAGUCGAUUUGGUGCACAAUCCUUGGUCGAACCCUGCCCUCGAGAAAAUACUUAACGGGCAACCGGAUGGCGAACAUGAAGAAGAGUUCUGUUGUUCGGAAAAAGGCGAGUUAUUGACAAUGAGGUUAAAGAUACUUUGCGAAGACCGCUGUGAGGACAUAGCGGUUAAUCUCGCAGCAGCUUGUGUCCGAUCGCUGAGUAGAAGCGAAGCUCUACGUUCUGCUUCUGAACUCCAUCAUGUUCAAUAUAUGAUUGAUGUGUACAUUGUCCUCUUGUUCAAAUUGAAACGCACGCAAGACAUUUUCGCUCAAUUAAAAUUAAUGAACCUUGAAGAUGGACUCGAACUUGUUCAACGACUCAGCGGCGAGAAACCAACAAAAUACGGAAAGGCAAGAGUUUGGAAAAAUUCUGCAAAAGCUGCCGAAUUGGUCGUACAAUAUCUCGUGACCGUUGGAAUGGUUCGUCCUGUAUCCGAUACCGGUGCAAAUACACUCGAGCAAAUUUUAAACUCCUGGGCAUUGUUACAUUCGAAAUUAAAAGAAACUGCAUCCACUUUACCUGGAAUGAUUCGAAAAUUAAUAGAACCCGCGGAAAGUGCUCAGCAUAUUUAUAUUUUGUGCACAGUACUGAUGAAGCACUUUGGAGUGAGUGUAAAACCUCUCGUGAUUGAACUUUACAUUAGAGCAUUGACCACGGAUAUGAACGAAUUGGAAAGUCAGAAAACAAAAGCAGACAAGGAAAAAGCUCGUGAAACAGCAAAGCGAUUAAGUGUGCAAUUUUUAAAAUUAGCCGAUUUUGUUGUUAGUAAUAUUGGCAUUGCCAGGGAAUGUGUACUAACGGCAUUUUCAUUAAAUCCCACAAGAGAAUGUUACGAUAGAAUAAAAGAAAUUGCUAUUGCUUGUGGGAAAAUUAAAAAGGAAAUCGAUGUAAAUGGAGAGGAUGAAGAGAUUAAGAGGUUUCAAAACAUGUCAAAUAGCUCGAUAAAUAAUGUGAAUGAGAGAAAAGAUAUUUCUACAGUGGGCGAUUUUAGUACAACAAAUUUGGAUGGUAAUGUGGAAAAUUUAACAUUGUCCUCGAUGUGUGCAUCUACUACUGCUACUCAAACAAUAAGGAAAAAUAUUGAACUUCAAAGUGAAUCGAGCAAGAGCUUCCAGAAUACAGACGAGAUACUUAAAACUCUUCUCACGACAACCAUUAAAACUGAGGGGAUAAAAGUCGAAAAUUGUACUUUACAUCCAAAAAGAGAUCCAUCAUUAAAUGGACCUAUCGGUGAAUUAUGUUUCAAUUGUGGUGAAUUCACUGGAAUUGAACCUACUCCAACAUCGCCUGAGAUAAAUAACGUGGAGAGAACACUGGACGCUUUGAUUUUAAUUAAAGGUGAUGCCGUUACGGGUUCGGCCAAUUACGACGAGAAAACUGUGCCAAAUCAAGUACUAGAUGCGGAGAAAUUAGGAUUAUCGCCGCAACUUUGUGAUGAUCUUGCAGUAGUUCUUAGUAGUCCAAGAUAUCAUAUGCUCAGUUGGGUUUUGGAUUGGAAUGAGUUGAAUAAUCUUUGCGAGAGGUAUCUCGAGAAUGCUGAAGAAAUGCGCAAUACAAAUAAAGAACUGAAAUAUCUCAAUAUCGAUUAUUCACAAUUUAAAGAUUGGCCGACGGAAGAUGAAUCGAAAGAUGAAUUUUUUGGCAUUGAGAAAGGCUACGAGCAAUGGGCCGACAUUCCUUCGGAUUCGUCGGAACAAUUUGGAAGUUUUCAACCAGCAGGAAACUACAAGAGGACUACAGCUCGACGCAGUCUGGACGACACGACUGAUUCCGAAAGUGAGUGCGUUGUUCCAGUCCGGAGGCGUGGAAGACCGAGAAAAGUCCAUCGCGUCGUAUCGUCGGAAAGUGAUUAUGAUAGUACUGAAAAUAAACCAAAACAUUUUAUAAAUAGAACCUUGUCAGUAUCAGAUAGUGAUACAAAUACUCAAGAUAGUCAAACUGAUAGUUUAGGCAGCGAUGGAUUUAGGCCAGUUGCGAAAAAGUCGAAUAAACCGUGUGGCAAUGAACAGAGUAAACAACGUGGAAAAUCGAAAUUAACUCUGGAUACGGUUUCGCAUUUUCAUAUGCUCGUCAAUGAAGCAAUGCGACAUCCCGCGGAAGAUGUGAGUGGUUCGGAUGUCAGCAGCAAUGACAUUAUUACCCUCUUCUCGGCCGAUCUUGAUGAAAACAAAAGAGAAACAAUUAAAGGUUCUAGUUACACUGCAGCGGCUCCUCUUAUUAUAACUGAGAAACGGAGUGACCCUGCUGUUUUGAAAUCACUGAGAAUGUUUAGGCCGAAGAAUAGUAAAAAGCCGAGGCUUUCGCAAAUAUUGCAGAAAAAUUUAUUGAACAAAAGUAAAGAUAAUAAUAAUAUUAACGAUAAUUCAAACAGUCCCACGAAAUAUGCACCAAUGCUCAGUACAUUGAAUCUUAAUCCAAAGAUUGUUCUCACUAGAACCGAUGAUGUCCAAGGAAAACGGAAACCAGCAAAGAAACAGUUCAACGGAAACGAUCUUACGAGCAAGCUGAUGAACAUUCAGAAAGCAAUACCUUUCCAUCAGAACAAGAAUAUGGUGGCAUUCCAGAAGCAGAGAAAUGGACGUGUCAACAGCAACGCGGGAUCUAUGGAUGGUUGUUCCGUCAAGUCCAACUUGGGUAAGACCAAGUUCGAUAUUCUUGCGCAGGCAGUUAGGGACUCUGAUAUACUGGCGAAAAAUGUUCCCGGGCUGAAUUCGUUAGACAUGAUGGUUCCUCCAAGAGUGCAAUCCACUGUCAACGUCGUACAACUUUCGAGAAAUAUUCCACCGAGUCCCAACACCGUGUCAGGAAAUAGCGGAAACACGCCGCCGAGAAAUCGCACCUCCAGCAAUACAGGCAACAUUCAGUUGCCCGGCACACCGUCCUCGGGUGGACACGACAGUGGCGUUGGAAUGAGUCCGGCAGGUCAGACCCCUCCGCCCAGGUCGUCGUCCGUGCACGACGUCGGGGACGAGGCUAAUCAACCUCCGGACGCUUCUCCCACCGACUCGAUCAACGCCUCAACUCUUGAGCCCGACAGUCCUCGAACAAUUAACAACCAACGUUCCGCUCAGAGUCAGUCUCCGAAAAAGUCACCUUCACCCUCAACCACAACGGCCACGACCGUGCCCAUCGGCUCCGAGCAAAUACAAAUUGUCUGCAAACCCGACGGCACCUACCAGCUUGCCUCCGUCAAUCCGAAUAUUCUCACCAACCAGAGAAGUGUCCUGGCACUGCAAAACCUCGACGACGGAACCGUCGGCUUCUCAAGGCAAUUGCAGCGCUCCGCCGACUCGUCAAUUGUCGUCAAUCGGAACACCUUCGACAGGCUCGCGCCCAUCAAGGCCACUUCUCAAGCCGGAGUCAACACCGGCCUGCCGAAAUUCCAGCACGCCUUCGGGAAAACCAUUUACACUCUAUCGACUGACACCACGACAGUUGCCGCAUCUUCCACGACCGAAACCAUCACGCAACCAACGAGCGUGCAGAAGGCCACCAAUCUCUCCAAAGCCGUUCAGACGUCGGUGCCGAGCACCCAGGCCAACGCCGGACUCAGCAUACAGUCCAUCGCCGGCGUUCCGAACCUCCAAGUUUCCACUGGUCGCCAAAUACUAAACAUCGUUCAGAGUUCGUCAGCCAGCAGCACCACCACUCCCACUGCUACCCAAACCCUCACCCAACUCGUCCAAAGCAUGCAUAACGCUUCUUCCGGUGUAAUCUACACCCACAAAAUACCCGUAACCAUAUCCACCACGAAUCCCAGCCAGCUCAAUAUCAUCACGCCCACCAAUUCACUAACCGGAAACCGAACGCCAGUCGUCAAGCUCAACAUCAUCAGGGCGCCGAUCCGGCAGCAGAACAUCGGCACCAUCCAGGCGGUGCUCGCCACUCCAAGAAUGCCGCAGCCGACCGUCAGGCCCGAGACGCUCAUCAACGCUCCCAUCGACGUUCCGAACCAGGUCAGCUCAACCACCCUGGAGCAACUCCGCGAAUUCGAGAGUGUCCUCGAGCAAGUCAAGGAGCGCAGCACGAUCCAACCGCAGAACCAGAACACAACCACCACCACCGUUCAGACCCAAACUCAAACCGCGCCGAGUCCCCAGCUGACCCAAACGAAACCAACUCAGCAAGCCUCGGUCAGCACUCUGACUCAACAACUCCUCAUCCCGACCCAAGCCGCCAACAGUUCGAAAUUCAGCAACGGCAACACCGUCACCUUCCCCGACUCCUUCUCCCAAAAAGUCUCACUCGCCUACGUCAACCAAACCUCAACGCCUCCGAAAGUCACCAACUCCACUCCCGUCGUCGUAGUGACGAGCUACUGUCAACCCGCCGCCUCUCCCGCCCUCAGCGUCACCUCCCAGAGCUCCUCCAGUCCCUGCGUCACUCCCGCUCCCGCACCAACUCCAAUCCCAUCCGGCAAAACACCGCCCACCGCUUCUCCAAAGUCCUCGAAAAAAUCCACCCCAAAGACUGUCAAAACAAGCGCCACCAACACGGCAAAGGCCUCGCCGAUACCAAAGCCCCAGCAAAAGCCCCAAGAGGACGAGAAAACAGCGCAAAGAAUCUACGCCAUCCUCACCCAAUACGCCGAACAACUCCGCAACUCUCCCGAUCUCAACAACAAACCAGCGCCCCGAAGACGCUCCAAUCCACCCACAAAUCCUAGUCAAUCAUCAAAACGAAAGAAGUCCAGCUCCGGCAAAUCCAAAUCAUCCGGUCAACAAUCCUCCGAACUCAGCCCCAGCGCCGAGGACCUCGGCCGAACAAUGGGCAGCGAAGACUCCUCCAGCGGCAUCGCCCAAGUGCAAGACAGUCCAGCCGGCUUCACCACCCCCGACGAACCCUCAACAGCAGCCAACGACUCGACCCCCGAGAAUCGCACCACCACCGACUCCAACGACGGCGUCGAACUCAACCAAUCGAUCAAGAGGCGGAACCUCAUAUUCACCGAGCCGAGCACCGGCGGCCAGCGCGCCGUCAUCGUUCAAGAAUCCGUUCAAGCCGGCUCCGUGAGCGUUUCCGAGGCUCUAGCGUCCGUCACCGGGAAAAUGGGUAGCACAGCCGUUCUCAUGUCAGGUAACUACCAAAUUUUACCAAUGAAUUUAAUGAAAGGUGCCCAGCAAUUUACCAUAGUCUCCGGAGGUUCGAAAUUAUUAGCAACAGUCCCAGCGACCGUACGUACAACCGGAACCAGCGGCGUCUCAAAUGCCCUCGUUCUCCAAAGUUUCCUCAAUCAGGGUAAACUAAUAUCCCAACCAACUCAAGUAAAACAAGUGAAAAUUCCCACUCUCCAAUCAUUGACAAAUCAAAACACGCAGAGUGCAACAAUUGUCAUUCCUCAAAGCCCAGCUCAAUUCACCACCGACUCUAUCGAGAAAAGCAAUGAGUUGAAAGAAACCACAACUCAGAAUACAAUUUUGGUGAAUAAGACAAUUGGUCUCAUUCAAAGAAAUUUAACCGAUGUGGGCGGUGUUAUAACCAGUAAUCCACUGCAAGGCGCACGAUUUUUUAACUCAACCAUCGCAAAAUUAUCCACACCAGGCGAAAUUAAAACCGAGAGUGUUGUAUGCUUAGCGUCGAGUGUAAAUAAUCAGGAAAAAAGAAAUCACGAUAAUUCGACGACGGAGGGGAAAAGUGUCUCCAUACAGAAUGCUACAAUUGCAUUGGCUUAUGCAACGCCAACUGAAGUUUCUGUUAUUAAUUCAACACAUCAAAGUAAAGAAGUAGCGACGGAAAUUUCUGGUAGUGAUAAAAUUAUUUCACCUAAAACUGUUAAGAGAAAAAUUGAUGAUACAACAACAAGUUUGUCUGAGAAUAUUCCAAGGAUUUUAAUUGCUGGAAAUAAUGCGGUUACAAGCGCAAUUACAACACCGCUACAGGCUAAUAUUAAACUCGAACCGGGUACAACAAUGUCUUCUGUGAGCAAACAGGUGAGCAACUUGGAGAAUGCGACGCAAUUUCUUAUGACUGGUGGUCCAAGCAGUUCCGACAGUCAACAAUCACCAAUAAGACAAUCAAUCGAUUCAAUUGACACGUCUGGAAAAAUUGGAAAUGGAAUUCUCUGUGGAAAUGCAAGAUUACAAGAAGCCUGGGAACCGGACAGGAAACCAUCGCCCGACACACCCUGGAGAUAUGUUCCCACGUCGAACAACUCUUUAAACAUCGAACCCUAUAAAAUUUCAUCAAGGGACUCGGAGAGUACGGACAAUGUCCUGCAAAUCAUCAAUAAAAAUCAAACCAUCGAAUUGGCCAGUGGCAAUGUUUUCCAGCCGAAUGCAAAAAAGUACUUCAUUAAUCAUUCUCUCGAAACGUAUCAACAGUAUUCGAAUAAAAAUAGUCUCGCAAAGUCACAUCCAAGUCAGAGGGAAUUAUUGCAACAGCGAGCGGAAAGAAAGAACGCGGCUCUAGAGCGUGAAUUGAAAUUACAAAAAAGUUUGUCCGAAGAGUGUGAGGAUCUUGGAGUCGACGAGCCAAGUACUAGUGAUCUAUUUCCCGAAGCCGAUUUACUUUUCGAUAACAAUCAUUCACCGUCGUUUGAUCAUUCCUCGCAGGACGCGUCCUGCAGUCAAUCGCUUGGCAUCAAACCCUACGGAUCGUCUUACUUUCGAUCCUUGGAUUCGUCGAGCGGCAGUAGAGACGCCAGUCCAAUUGCCGAUCUCAAGGCGAACGAACGCAGGAGAAAUGUUGUUCAACGAACGAGAACACUGAAGGACACUGUGAAGCGUGCAAAACGCGAAAAAGUCGACGAGUUACACGUGGUAAGUCCAGUGAAACACAUGAGACUCAGUCUCGACAAUCUUAGUCAGGACGAUGCUUCGAACAGUAAUUCCGACUUGUCCCGAUUGUCGCCUGGAAACAUUCCCUCGACUGAAAACGACUCUUCCAAAGAUAAUACAACUUCCAGGCCAAAAUUGAAUUCAAGACGUGGAUCAAAGGAAGGCACUCCCAGUAGUCUGUCAAGCACUCCGUCGAAUAUCAAACUCGACAUCGACAUCGACACUCAAUCGCUAACCGCUGAAGUCAAUACCAACAACACGUCAAUCACAAGUUCGGGGGACGAGAGUCUCACGCUCCUCGGCAGUAACACUGCCGACGUGACAAUUCCAUCGCCUCUCUCGCCAAUCGCCGGGCCAUUGCUCUCAACGCACAAAUACACCUAUUCAAACAAAAAACGUGCGACCACGAAAAUCACGAGGACCGAAUAUCUCUCCUGGGAGAGUCCAAUGUCGGAGAGGACAAGAUCGAGCAGUGAGGACGACGACUCGAGUAUUAAUGAGUCACUCAACAGUCAACCGGAGGAUAAUACCAUGACGAACGGUCUCGACGACGUGGUGCGCAAUGUCAAAAUCACCAGCGAUCAUUGUACUUACCUGAAGGCCAAGGACAAGUUACAUGUGACGGCGCGCGUCGUCCUGAAUCGCGCCGAUCCCAAGCACAUGCUCGCCAAGAGAUUCAAAACCGACUCAAUUGCCGAGGCGAACGUCAUCAGUGACAAAGCAUCCGAACCAUCCGACGACGAGACGAGUCAUCACAAUACGUCAGUCGAGCCCGACUGUCGGGCAAGGCGAUCGAGUCUUCGCGGCCACGUCAAGAAGGGCUGCGCCUGCUGCAACGGCUCGCCCGAGAGGCCAAAGAAAAAACCCGUCAAGCUCGAUCACAAACUGAAGAAGAGACUUUCAUCGAAGCAAUUGGGCAAGAAAAGGUAGUCCUAGCAAUUAUACUCUGAUUUUAAUAUUCUCCGAUCAUUUGUAUUCUGAUUCGACACAUUUCUUACUUAUCUUUUAAUUCAAAAAACUGAAAUCAGAAAAUUUGUGAUUUUUUUCUGAUUUCAGUUUGAAUUAUAAUGAUAAUCGUAAUUAAAUGCCCGGUGCUCGUAAUUUUUAAAUUUCUCGAGAAAACAAUUCUUUAAAUUAAAGGAUGGAAAAUUCUCCUUUUUGAAUAUUAAUAGAAAUAACGUUGAAUAUUAUUAUCUCGCGAGGGUUUAAGAAAAAAAAACAAUUUAUUAGAAUUCUUGAUAAGAGUAGAGGUCAUCCUUUUACUUUUAGGUGUUAAUACAAUUCUAGUGAUAGUGUGAAUCAUUUUGUGAAUGACAGAAUUAGAAUUUAAAAGAAAAAAAAUGCAACUAAUUAAGAAACAUUUAGAAAUGCAAUCUAGUCAAAGGGUGUGAGGCUCGUUGGAUGAAAAUAUGUAGAGAGAGAGAGAGAGGCGAAAUAAUCGAUUUUUUUUCCUAAAAAAGAAGAAAAAAGGGAACUUAUCUGCAGCAUCCAUCAUGUGAUGCAAAAAUAAAAAUUUUGCGACAGAUUAAUCGGGCCAAAGAUCAAAUGUUUCGUACACAUUCCGUUUUUCAAUCGAGACCAUCAUCUUUUUUUUCAAAUCAUUUCUUCAUUCAUAAUUUUUCUAUUUAUUUAUGUGUAAACUUUUAAAUCAUCAAGUAUUUCGAUUUAAUUUUGAAACUACAGUUUGACUUUAGUGUAUACCCUCAGGGAUUCUGUUAACUUGUUUUCAUUAAUAUUAUUUUCUUUAUUGUAAAUAUUUUCAUAAAGAGAAAAUUCGUAAAAACAUUUUUCUUCAUUCUUUCCACUUGUGAAGGUUUAUUUUUAUUUUUCUAGUUUCUCUUUUUUUAGACGGAAAUCUUAAGUAAAUUUGUGAUCUUUAUUUUCCGUGCCAUUUUUUUCGUUCGCUCGGAACGAAUCUGAGAUACUUACACUGUAGUUUUCUAAUUAACGGUAUUAUUUAAUAUAUAUUCGUGAAUGAUUUAUGACGAUGAUUAAUGAGUCGGAUCACUUGUCUUUUCUGGCCUGAUUGUCACACACAGUGCAUGUAUAAAAAAAAUUCAUACUUGUACAUUAUUGUAGACUGCAUAGAUAAACUCGUUAAAAAAAAUUAUAUUACAUCGCUGCACUUUAGUACAAAUGCUUUGUCUGAUUUAAAAACAAAAUGAAAAAAAAAAGAAAAAAAAACAACAACUACAACAAUAAUAAACAUCAUGUUUAUAAUCAUAUUUCCACGUGCCCUUGUGAUGUGUGAAUGCCUGCAGUUAAUCAUUUAAUUACCGUAUCCACUUGUGAAAACAAAGACGGUGAAACUUGCAAUGUUUGAAAUUUAAUAUAUAAAUAAAAAAAUAUAUAUAAACAAAUAUAUAUAUUAUAGUUAGUCUAUUUACAAUAUAUUGGUAUUUAUAUACGUUUUAUAGCUGUAAAUAUUUGUUUUUGUUGAAAUCAAAGAAAAAAAAAAGUUGUAAACAAAUGUUUUUUGGAUGUACUUCAAAUUAGAAUUACGUAUAGAAUUAAAAUACUUAUCAAUAACUCGAAAUGUUGAUUGAUUUGACUAAAAAAAGAAAUACUCGAGUUGAAUAAAUCGGGUAAUUAAUAUUUCAAUUGCAAAAUAAUUUUUAAAUCUUUUUUAUAUGAAUUUUUGUGCUAAUAAAAGAAUUGUUCAAAAAGUUUGACUUUAUAUCAAGAAUAUUUAUUUAUAAAUUGAAAAAAUUUCAUAUUUAAAUUUUCAUAUUUAAAUUUUCGUAGUUUUUUCUUAUUUUUUGAUACAAUUCUUUCCUUGCUUUUUCUCUACUUAUUUUUGUUGGUUUCACCGUCGAUUUGCAAAAUGCCAUUUUUCUCGUUUUUGCGUUUAAAUGUUGUAAAAAUGCGAGAUUUUUGCUAUUUCUAAAAAUUAAGAGCGACAACUAUCUUCCUGUACAUUAAAUAAUGAAAAAAAAAUUUAGAAGAAGAAAAAAAAACUUGUCAAUAGACGCGUAUUUUUGAACUUCAAAGACUUAAAAACAAAAAAAAUCAUAUUUGAGAAGUGAGAAAAGGAAAAAAAAAAUAUGAUGAAAAUUUUAUUUGGCGGUGAUAGUGCGGCCUUUUGCCGUUCCUUAGUCGUACCAACGCAUUUAUAUGAUAAGAACAUGAAAAUAAAGAAAAUCUUGUAAACGCAUUAAGUAAUAAAAAAUUUUAUCGUAAGACAGCAACAAAGUUUUCCAAAGUUAGAUUCAGGUACUUAAGAUGCUUAAAUGCUGUUAAGGAUAACUUAGAUUUUUUGUAAUACGUACAUUUCUUAAGGUUCAAGAUUUGUCACUUAAAGAAAAAUGAAAAAUAACACUUUACCAGUAUUUGAAGCGCUAUACGUUGUACCGUAGCAAGAAAAGCGAUAAUUCGAAAUGAAUUUAUAAAAAAAAUUGAAGACCGAUAAACUGCGAAUUGAUAGGUAUUGGUCAAGGUAUUGUCGUUUAGCACAAAUUACUAUAGAAUGACAAAGAAAGCAAAAAAUAAUAAUGAUAAAUGAACGAAAUAACAAGUGUAAUCAGUCAAAAACAAUAUACUCUUUCUUGACAACUUAUCUCCGAUUUCGAAGAAAACAUUUUAGACAGUUUCCGAUAUUUAUUAAUUCUUUCUAUACAAACUUAAUUAUAAUAUUUAAAAUCAGAUAUUGUGAAUUAAAUAGAAAGACCUUGAAUUAUUAAAUUAUUUAUUUUUAAUAAUUAUUAAUAAUUAAAACAAAACUGAGUAUUUUGAUUUUGAUUGCUUGAUUUUUGAGACAAACUAACAGCUUACGGUUUACAAUUUAAAAAAAGAAAAAAAACUGCUCUGUAAAUACCUAAAUAAUAACAAGAAAUGAAUGGUUCUUUUUCUAGAAAUUAAUGUACUAUAUGAAUGAUACAUAAAAAAAAAUUAUAGUGACAUGUAAUAAACGAUGAUGUAUUUGUUGAUGAAGCGCAUUAGUAUUGGUACUACUAUAUCAAUUAAGAUAGUAAUUUAUAUAUAUACAUAAAUAUAUAUAUAAAAAAAAUUAUGUAUGAGUGUGAGAAGGAGAAAUGCACAAAAGACGUGAAUUAAAAAAAAACGUCUCAAUAUAGUCGUUGUUUGUCGCGAGUACCAAAACGUAAAUGCGACAGCGGUUGCGAAUGAAUAUCAAGCGAGAGAAUGGAAAAAAGAAAAUAAUAUCGAUUUCUUUUACGGCUUAUAAAAGUAGUGUCCCGUCGGUUUUAUCUGUCGAAUAAAAAAAAAACUAAAUACUCAGUGGAUAUGACUGUACAGCGUAUCGAUGAAUACUUAUCUGAAAAUAAUACAUAUAUCCAAGAAAAAAAAAUAAUUCCUUUUUCAAGUGGAAAUAAUGAGGAUAACAUAUUGUAAAUAAUAUUUUCUAUAUAAUGGACACGUCGUUCAGUAAGAUCGACGGUUCGACAAAAAAAAAAACCUUGCAAUAUUAUAAUAAUUCUUUCAAGUGAUAGGAUAGUGUUUAAUCGUUUUAUGUAAUGUAACGAGAGGGUAUGGCAGAAUAAAAACGAAAGUUCUGUAUUUAAA